AGAUUCUACCUAGUGAAUAAAGUGAAAGUUUAUAAUAUUGACAGGCAGAAGUGAAGUGAUUUUAUCAUAUUAAUAAAAGUGAAAGUGAUUGAAAGUGGCUUCUGCUAAUGCUUCCUUGAUAGUAGCAAACUAUUUGUUUAAAAAUUAACUUGAAUAUAGAAUGCAGAAGAAAUUACAUUAAUCUUCGAGUUAAAAAUAUGGAGAAAGCAAGUCCUGGAAGCAACAAGAAAAGCGAAUCAAAUGGCAUUCAAAAAGAAAAAGACCUCAAGAAGGAGGUGAUCAAUGUAGUAGAAGUUCCAAGGAAAAAGGGAUUGCUCAACCUUAGGGCAUUCACCUUCCUUCUACUUUGGUAUUUUUUCAGUGGUUGUACACUGUUUUUGAAUAAACACAUUUUAACUUCCUUAAAUGGGAAUCCAACAGUAUUAGGAGCAUCACAAAUGUUAAUGACAGCUUUGUGUGGUUUUGUUCAAUUAUACUUUCCAUGUGGCAUGUACAAGCCAUCUCAGCGAUUGAACAAGCCCCCAGGUUUUUACAGACACAUGAUUCUGGUUGGGAGUUUUCGAUUUUCAACCGUAGUCCUGGGUUUGGUAGCAUUGAAUUAUGUCGCUGUGAGUUUUACUGAGACAAUCAAAAGCUCAGCCCCGCUUUUUACCGUAUUAAUAUCAAGAUUUUUGUUAGGAGAACAAACUGGGUUGUAUGUAAACCUUAGCCUUUUACCUGUAAUGUCUGGAUUGGCAUUAUGUUCUGUUAAUGAAAUAAGCUUUGAUAUGAUUGGGUUUCUAGCUGCAAUGGCCACGAAUGUUACCGAAUGUAUACAAAAUGUCUAUUCCAAAAUGUUGAUUUCCGGAGAUAAGUUUAAGUAUACUCCAGCUGAGCUGCAGUUUUAUACUAGUGUAGCCAGCAUAGUAGUUCAGAUCCCAGCUGCUGUAUUCUUGGUCGAUUUAGAUAUGACCAAAGUUACCAUUGCAUUGGCGGGUUGUUUUGUGUUAAAUGGAAUUUUAUUUCAUUUUCAAAGCAUUACCGCAUAUGUACUUAUGGACUACAUUAGUCCUGUAACGCAUAGUGUGGCGAACACUGCUAAGCGUGCAUUCCUCAUCUGGAUGUCAAUAUUUAUGUUCGACAACCCCAUCACACCUCUAAGCGGAUUGGGAACUAUAACAGUGAUAGUAGGUGUUUUGUUAUAUAUAAAAGCCCGACAAUAUGAUGAAAAAGUGAUGUUUUCGGCAAAUUUAAUUCACAGAAAAGUUAGAGCUAUUUAAAAAUCUUCACAUAUUUUAUUUCGAUUGUAAGAAUGUGAUAAAUAGGUCAAUGUGAUUUGGCAUGGUUAAGGCUCAACAUUAUGUUAUUUUUAUCAAAUACCACAACAUUCCAUUGUCUUAUUAAACUUUAUAUGUUACCGUUGAUAUAAAAUAAAUAUAGUUACACGUUUAUAAAAAUAGCUAAAUCAUUUUUAUACAAGUGGCAGGUCUUGUUCUAUUUUUGUUUGUUUUCAUCUUUCACAUUCGAAAAUUUGAUAUACUGUUGUAAAAUAUUUUGUGAUAUUUCAUAUAAUCAUCGUAUGACUCAAAAUCGAUGUUGAAAAAUAAAUUUAUGAAAUAUUAUGAUAAUUUAUAUACUAAAUUGAUGAAAAAUACGGGCUGAUGUGAAAUCGGCUUUAUUUCCAUAGGGGGCGAUUACUGGGGCUAUUAAGUUAGUUCGCAAAAAAUUAACAACUACAAUAUGAGAGAUUCACCAAAAACUACAUCACGAAUUGGGCAAUAGUCUCUUUGAUUAACAGCUUCAAAUUGCAUUUGUUUCAAAUCCAAAUUUCCAGAAUCAACGCAAUUUAGUGACUCAAAUUUUUUGAAGAUCAGCCGCAAUUCUGGAUAUAAUCUUGAUCUGGACCAUUUUACAGCCAGAAUGUCGCAAGACAGCAAAAAAACUGCAUUAGUUGGACGGAUUCUGGCCGCGGAAAAUCUCUAGCACAAUUCUUUUGGCAAAAAUAAUGUAUUUAAGAUGUGAAAUUUUCUUUUCAAUUCUUAUUCCAGGACCACUUGCCACCGUUUAAGGCGCUAUCCACUAGAUCAUUACAAAGUAAUAAAGAAGAUUAACAUACCUUUAGGCGCUUUAGUCUGGAUUCCGGGGUAUUAUUAACUUAAAAGCGGUAAAAAUUGAAAUUUACAACAGAAAAACACUAAUAAAAUAUAUAAUUAAAAUCGUGUUCGCAGCAGAAUACUUCUAUUUUACGUUACAUAACAGUGCCCAUCGAAAUCGUUGGAAAACGGAGGUACUGCGACUGCGAGAACAGCGAGUUUAUGUUCAAAAUCUGACUUUAAAUUAGUUUUAUAAAAAUGAAAUGAAAAAAUUUAGAAAAACCCAAUGCAGAAUCCAAAAUCUCCCUCGUCGUUCCCCGUCAAAUAAAUAUUAAAUGCAACAAUAUAAAAUACCAGUCAAUAAUAUGAGACUAAAAGUUCUACAUCUACAUAGUAACCAGGGGAAAAAUAAUGCCAAACUUACCGAAAGCUGCAUCGUGCCACCUGGAAAGAAAAAAGAAAACGUGUUUAGUUGAGCAAAAAAAGAAAAAUGUAAAUAGUCCAUAAAACUUUCAUUCAAACAAAACUCACAUCAAACGAACGGACUUAUAGAUUAUACAUCAUUCUUACCAGUUUUCUGCUAGCUGGCGCCCGUAUUCUCCAUUUUUUACCUAUUCAUGCAUUAAUGCUUUUCGAAUUAUAAACUUUCCUUAAGGAUCACAAUGAUUCUAUAUUUUCCAUCUAACUACGCGAUUCACACGACACAAAGGACUGGCGACCGAUUCCGUCCAUUGCCUGUCCUAAACUGUAAUAAAAUUUUGCCGCAAUCCGAAUUCUAGAACCAACAUGAUGAUAUAACCAUUUACUUGUUCACCCUUUGUAUGACUCAUUGAUUUAUUUACUUUGCAGUUCGAUUUCACGUUUUUACUAUUGAUUAUUUUGUAGAAUGUGCCCUUUCACACGGCAAUAUUCAAAGUUUCACUUUCCAACGCGUUUUAAUCAUUGCCGUAAAUAAAACCGGUUUCUCAGUCAAAGAUAAACAAAUCCGGCGCAUUUGAUUUUUUAUACUAAAUUAAAUGCUAGCUAUGGAAGCAAUCUUUACAGAUUUAUAUUUUGUCAAAGGUUUGGCUAAAUGAAAGCGUUAUUUUUCAAGACUUCUUUGGUGUCAUCAUAAAGAGCGACGGAAUACAUAACUUGAUUUUGAUUUUGUUGCUUGUGCUCGAUUUUAAUGAAAAUUUUAACUUCACAUUCUGAAUAUGUUGAGUAAUGUUGAGUGAGAAUAUGUAUAGUAAGUUAAGAUUCCAGCCGUAUGUUGAUUUGUAAAUGCUUUCUUUUGCGCUCAGCAUUACAGCGAAGGAAAACUUAUCUGGAUUUUGUUUGGGACGCGCUCACAAUUGAUUCUCUGGCUAGUUUUUAUACAGGAUGGACCUCAACUAAUGUUAUUAAAUUGACUGACAUAUAGUCUAGACAAAAAUAUUGCGUUUUAGACAAAGUUGUGUUAUCUGCAAGAUUCUAAUAGUUAUUGAGAUACAGGGUGUUAAAGUGUAAAUAAAAUUUUCGUUUAUUUUUAAUAUAUUCUUAACCAGUUUUGCGAUGACUAUAACAAUUUGUGUUUGCAAGUUUUUAGAUCGAAAAAUCCGAAUUUUCUAUUACCCAGCUUGUAGAUCUUAGAAGGCGCUAUCUGCAAUAGUCUGGAGCCAUUUAAAACAUCAGAAAUUGUUUGGAACUUAAAAUAUCGCUUCUUUAAAUGCCGUUUUCCGAAACCUCUAGUGCUUUUUGAACUCCAAAACUCAAAUUUUGGAUCUCUAAAUAAAAUAAAUAUUAUGCUGAAAUUGUCAAUAAAGCUAAAUUUAACAAAUGUUAAACAGCUUACUUAAGCACAUUAAGAACUAUUUUAAACUACUUUAAAGUCUUAACUAACUACACUUAAUUAAUUGUUGUUGCGGAAGACUUCUGCAGCAUUUAAGACUGUCCUGCGCUUAAACACAAACCAUAUCGCGCAUUUCUUGAUUCGAAAAAACGCUGUCGGGGCGUUUUCAAUAAAUUCAAAGUAGUGGGUAAUAAGGUUAAAAUAUUUCUCCCAGGCUUAACUGACACCAAACUGAUCUGAAAUUACGACAUAAAAUCUCAAUUUACGACAAUUUUAGGAAUUCAAUUUGAGUUUACACAUCAACAUCACUAGAGGGUUCAAAGUGAAAUAUCUCGACAACAGUGUGAUAUAUUAACUUGAACUAUGUACACAUUUUUCGUUUAGAAAAUAUCGUAAAACGCCACAUGGCUAACAAAAAGAGAUAUUUAAAAAAUAUUAUGAUUUAAAUGGCUCAUUUGCUUUUAAAUUCCUGAUGUUUUAAAUGGCUCUAGACUAAUCUGAAAAACUUGCAAACACAUUUGUUUAUGCUCAUUAUAACAACUGUUUAAGAAUAUGUAUAUUAAAAAUAAACGGAAUUUUUAUUUACACUUUGAGACCCUGGAUCUCAGAAGCUAUUAGCUUUCAGAUAAGACAAAUUGGCCUGAAACGCAACUUUUUUCCUAAAGAAUAUACAGUGAAUUUUGGCGCAUUAGUUGAGGACCACCCUGCGUAUUCAAGACAGCAUAGACCCGUAGGGGCAUUUUCGUUGCAAAAAUGUGUCUCUCUCAGAAAUAAAGUUUGGGUGGCUGAAGAAGGUAUUUUCAUAAAUCCUGAGAUGGUCAAAAAUGCCACCCUGUAUAUAUAAAUCAAUUGAUUACCGAGCUGGAAGCGCAAAUCAAUCCAGGUUCAACGGUAACAUAAUGGAAAAAAUAAUGGUAAUUUAUUAUUUUGCACGACGAGCAUACAUGUCAAACGCACUGAAAUAGAUUUUUGGUUGAGAGUGCAAGUAGUCCAGCUAAUUGGUUAAAAUAAAGAAAGAAAUUAAAAUAAGUUCUAACUACCAUACCAUGCCAUUGCCAGUCACUUCUUUCGUGCCGUUGUUUAUAAGUAACUAAGAUCUGCUAAGUUGUUAGCUGUUAUUUUUUAUUUCGUAAAUAGGCUGAUAAUUAUUAUGAUCAACAUUAGUUGUUAAAUAUUGACGAAUCAAUAUUGUUUUUACGUUUUAAUUUGAAAGUAAAUACGUUACAAAAAACCCAUUUGCCAUCACUUAAAAGUUGUACGUGUAGAAUGCAUGUGUUCUAUUCACUUCUUCAAUAUAGUUUAAGUUACGACAUUGUUAAAACUGUCUUAUUCGGGUGCGUAGCCACUAAGAAGAAUGUUAGAUCCAUAUUAUUACUGAGUUGUGAAUAAAAUUGUGAUAUUUUCUCCGUUUCUAGUGGUAUGCUGUUUGUUUUUAUAUUGCAUAAAAUAAAUAAUUUAUUACUUGUAGAAUAUGUUGGAAUCGCUUGUAGCGAGAGAAUUGCGUUUAUUUGUUUGUACAAGUACUGUUAUGAUCUAGUUGUUUACUCUUAGCAUCGGUGAUAGGAAAUUUAAUUAUAUACCUAUUAGUGAAAGUACUUUUAGUUUUGGCAGAAUAUCUUACAACUACAUGAUAUGUAUAUAUAGAAUAGACCGAUACGUUUUGAUAUGACAAAAAUAAAAAUACACUUUCGAACAUAA